AUGUCUUUGGAUCGCCAGAAUCAACCGCCUCCUCAACCACAGCACAGUUCAUCUUCGUUACCUACUGGUCCUUCGAUUAAUCUUUUUAAUUCAAAUAACACUCCCAAUAUUCCUUAUCAACUUUCUUCUAAUGUUCCUUAUCAACCUGUUUAUUCUCCUGUCUCUCCUACAUAUGGAGUAAUUCCACAAUCGGCUCCUCCUCUUAGACUGAAUCGCUUUACAAUUCCUCGUUCUUCUUCUUCUCAAUUCAACUUAUUGGCUAAUGGCCAAAACCUUCCAAUGCAGAAUACUUUUGUUACUCCUUCUCAUGCUUUGUUGAAUUAUGGUGCUGCUCUCUGGGAACUUCAAUCUGCUACUAGUGGCAAUCUGUCGAAAGAUGCGGGUUUGUCUUCAACAACACAGAUCCCUUUUUCAAUUUCUACCAACAGAAUUGCACCCACAAAUAGCACACCCAUCAUUGAACGAACUGUACUACCAUCGGUAGAUGGUAACAUAGAUAAUGGGGGUGUGAUGUCUUCAUCGUCAUCUCGGGUACAUGUUCCUACUCGUUUUGAUGAUCCUGACAGCAGUACAAAUGGUCUUCUAGAACCUACAGAUGUUCCAGAUGAACAUCACCGAGAUUCUCCUCCUCAUAUGUCUCAAUCUUCUCAAACUCGUUCUCAUAAUCCAAACUCGUCGUUAUAUGUCACUCGCUCUGAAAUCACUGAACUCACAGAAACUUUACAUUCACUUAUAGUUAUGGUACAACAUCAACAACAUCCGUCUAAUGAACAUCAGCACGAUGUGACACAGUCAUUGCAUAACUCAUUGCAUGCUGAUGUUCGUGCACCAUAUCCAGACAUGACACUGUCAUUAUACAACUCGCCUGGAAUGGGGAUGGGUUUAUUUCCUCCUCCUUAUCAAACACAACCGAUUCCACAGACUUCUUUUGUUCAUUCUUAUUCUCAAAAUUUCAAUUUGGACUCUACUACUUUACAGAAUUCGCAAUCAUUACUUCAAGCUUAUAUUUCUCAUCCCCCAUCUACUGCUCCUACUACCACUACUAUACCUAUCCUUCAGGGACGUUCAAAUUUUUGCACAAUGGUCUGA